GCUGAUCACUCAGCUCUCUCCUAGGCCUGUUUAUUUUUUCUUGGCUUUUGGUUUCCUAAUACAGUCUGAACCUGGCUGCUAACAGGGGUACAGGGAUGUAGCCGAGUUAACCUGGUGGAAAUCGGGGUUAGGCCAAUAAGUUCCAUCUGUACAUUCAGACGUGGUGACAUCUCAUCUCACCUCACAGCCCCUUUUGGAAGGCUUAAAAGUGAGCAGAUUGUUUCUAUGACAGUUUAUAAGCUCCCCGUUCAGGGUCGUGUUAAGGGAAAAGAUAAAAAUGCAGCGUAAGCCAACCUUAACCACAUCCUCUAUCAAAUACACCCCAUGGACAUAAGACACUUCAGUCCCAACCUUGUCAUGAUGGCAAAAGCUUUGAACACUAAUAACAUCAAUAUGGUGCUCUUCCAUAUCAGCAACUCACAAUUAUCUUCAAAUGUUUUUGCUUACGUCCUGGUCUGUUGGUGGUAUCUGUGGAAACAUUCUGCUCGCUACAAAGCCACAUCUGUGAAUGCUGUAAAGGUCCGUGAGAGACACGCAGACCUUCAAAAAGCCAGUGUUUGAAGUAAAAGGCAAAAUGAGCGAUGGCGAAAAGGAAAGAAAACACUGCACGAGCAUGCUCAUUUUUCCGCUUAGAGUAAUAAAUCAUAAUAUCGAUACCUCUAAUAAUUCAGGCUGGAAAAAUAAGUGGGAGAAAAAAAAAAAGAUAAAAAAAAAGAUAAAGGGGAGGCAGGAACAGCUGUCUGAGAAAUAUCCAGAACAUUCCGUGCUGAAGCACCAGCAUUCGGCUCUACCUGAACCGUGACUGCACGAAGGACAGGCUUUAAAAACGGGUCAUUACUUACAAUCCACGCAUAAACUAACCAUACUCAUAGCCUUCACCUUAAGAGUUUUAAAUCACAGCAGAACAUCUGUUUGAUGUCUUUUCUAUUUAAAGUUUGCAAAAGUCCCAUGACAAGCCAGUCAGGCAGUGCGUGGCCCAUCAGAGUCAGUUACCUGCAGCCCUCCCCACCAGUCCCUUCAUAGACUAUGCUGUAACUCAGCACGGGACUCAUAACUCACCCAGCCAGCACCAACAAACAGCUGCGGUUUUUGGGCAGCAGGCAUGCAUCCAACCGUAUCUUGCAUUUUUAACCCGUGUCAAUGCUAGUCUCAACUGAUUUUAUCUGCAAAACGCAGCCAAUUAGAGAAGCGGACAAAGAUAACAUCCUGGAUAAAGUCUUAUCCAAAAACACUGCUCCUGCACUACUGUGUGCACAUGUUAAACCCAACCACAGAACAACAACUCUGACACAUUACAUAUCUCUUAAAACUCAAACCGACAUUAUGAGCCACACAAACUUUUAGACUUUAUAAAGACAUACAAAAACUAGUGGAGGAUAAAGGAUAGUCACAGGAAAGUUUGUUUGAACUGUGAAGCUCAUUAAUGAGAGCUUGGACACAGCUGAACAGACUGGUCACCGUAGGGAGGAAGAGGUCAGCCAGGAGGUCAGGGUAAAUAGACGGGUGAAGUGGAGGCAUGCAACUAAGUAGAGCCAGUGGACAACAAGCGUGUAAUGCAGUGUGCAAAUUUAUGUGUUCUUCCUUGUUGAUUUAGCUAAUAGAAAGCAUGUGAAGUCUGAGGUUUGAGUUUAAGGCUAGGUGUGACUCAGAAGAGAAAUAAAAACCAAGGAAAAGUAUGCACGAGUGGCCAAAGAAUGUACUAAAUCAGAAAUUUUAAACCAUCCAGCCAAACAAACAUUCAUAUAAAUUCUUUUUUUUUUUUUUUUAAAAAUAUUUUCCCCCCUCCUUGCUCUCCUGGAUCGCCUGACCUUCCUGAAAGUAAUUUUUGCUGCACAAAACCUGAAGCAGCAAUCCAGAUAUUCAUUUAUUUAUCAGUUAUCAACCAAAGAGCACGCCGAGGUGAAGCUACAGCUAAUCUAUCAACCUAGCUAGGUUAAUUUUAAAUUAAUUUUCACCAAGAAACUGGGACUGUUGUGGAGGGUUACAUCAAUAAACAUAUAAAAGACACAAAAUUAAUACCAACCUAUCGGUGGAGCACACACAGAACAGUCCCAGUUUCUCACGUGACCCAUUGAGAAGACAAAUUAGCCACGUCUGACUGAGAAAAUACACUAUACAAAGGAAGAUGCAAGUUUAUGGUGUCAUCAGUUGGUUUUUUUCAUGCACAAGAAUGAAUAAUGCCAAAGAUGUGUGUGUGCGUCGUCUAUUCUAUAGCAGGGGAAGCAAGAGGAAGAGUGUCAUGUAAUAAUGACAGUGUUGGAAAUCUCAGUCAUUACAUUAAGCACAGCACAGACAAAAGGAUGACCCUGAGUUUCUGUGCAUUUAAGUGCAUGUUAUGAACGCAGAGUAAGACGGGGAACCCGCUUUGCACAAAGACCAAUUGAUUUCAGGGCGGAUGAGUGGGUGGGGGCAAAGUAGAGGAAGGGUGGGACUGUACCCUAAUCUACAAAUAGACCUCUGACCCCAACAACAGUCUCGCCCCACAUGUUUAUAGAGUUUCCCCUACAGAAGAAGGAAAACAGAUGGGGGGCCCGUAGGGCCUCAGGUAGCAUCAUCAAGGACGACAGUUUAGUAGCUAGAAAAGCAGGAGGUUGAAAUAACUUGUUAGUAAGGGUUGGUUUUAUUAAAAAUACAGGCCACCAUCAACUUAAUAUUCAAGUUAUGUUUAGUGGAUUGCCUUAAGUUCCAGUAAAAACCUCCAGUAUCCGUUUGUGGCUCAGGUUUUCUAAUAAAAAGAAAAUCCUACUGUAAUUCUUUGCAUCUGCCCUCAUUUCCCUUUUAGUUUUACACCAUGAACUGAUAUAAAACAUUCCCAUUACUUACUGUACCGCAAUGUAAUUUGUAUUCCAUUUUAGAAGCGGCAUUUAAAGUUUCUUCAGUUUUGAUGAGGCUUUUACGAGUUUUCUGUGUUUUUAGCACUCCUGUGUGAAUGCUGGUUUUUUUUUGGUUUGUUUUUCUUCUCAUUAACUGCUUCAUAAUGUCAGCGCUUUUACUACAUCCCCGCUCAUGCCGAGUUAUCCUCCCAAAGCCAUUUAUUUACUCACAUUUUCAUUCUAUCCUUCAUCAAAAGCAAGUUAGAUCGUUUCUUUGUUGGCCGUUCUGCGUACACUUCUGUAACCUAUUGUUUCAGCAAGCGGAGGAAAAGUUUGACUUUGAGUUACUCAUGUAACUCAACUCUGUCUGAGGUCAUGAACAGAAAAAAGCUGCUGCUGUUGUUGUUGCCGUUUCCACGUUGUUCCUUGAAUGAGAAUAAACCUCUUUCCUUCACUCAUCCCUAUUUUGUUUUCACGUUCCCUUCUUUUUGUAACCAGUGAUGAGGUGUUUGGAGGUAUUUUGGACUUAUUGUGGGAAAGUCUGAGGACCAGAUGAGGGAGUGGAAGCAGAGGAUUUUGGAGGCUGGGAAAAAACAUUGACUUUGAAAAUAUAAAUAAAUUCUAUCCAAGUCAUUCUCUCCCACUGGCUGGACUGCAAUCCAUCAAGUGAGAGACUGACACAUUAGAAACCCACCGUGGGCGCUGAAACAAACAUGCUGCAGACUGAUAUUAUACAUAUGUACAGGAGGUUACAAACUGAAGCAAAAACAAAUCUAAAGUUUCUCAUUAAGGUAUUAAGCUCCCAUGUGCCACCAACACAGCUUUAAAGGCACCACAGAUUUUAUUCUCCAACUCUAUGAAACAUUAAAUGAGGGAUAAACAUCAUUAUCUUCAUAGUUAUCCCCUUGUAUAGACUUUUAAUAUCGCUGCGUAACACGUUGGCCUCUAAGGCCACAGCAUGGUUUACAUCAAUCUUAUACUCAUACUUACAUACAUACUUUGGUGCUCUAAGGAAACAAGUAAACCCAAACAUCUCCUCACUGCAAGGUUCAAGCACUUAGGCCUAUACUUUUCUCCUGGUUUAUGGAACAUGUACUUCUCCACUAGCUGAGACUACAGUUAAACUACUUAUGUAACCACUUGAGCAGACAUCUGGAUCAGGUCCGCCAUCUUCACAUGAAAUCACAAUCAACUGGCUCUUCUCAGAAUUUCUGGACAUAAUAUAGAGCAAGACUGUGUGUAAACAGCCUAACAAACAGCACACUUGUAAUUACACAUCUAAGUUUCUCCACGCAGUUGUUCAGAUCUUUCUUUUAAUUUAUCACUUGUCUGUUUGGCAUUCCUUCUAAAGUACACACUUCAUUCACCUGUAACCAGACACCUACAGGUGUAUGACAAUCUCCAUGCAGGCAGUUUAUAGUAAAUAUUUGUAAUAGUUUUCUUUAGGUGACAAAUGAAUAUAUGUUUUUUGCAAUUAUGCACAGUGAAACCCAAGGUUAUAAGAGUGCCUGCCAUAUGGCCAUCUCUGUGAAGUCAGCCUCAACAAUCAUUAUGCUGUCUAUCCGAAUAUUACAAGCUAAUUUUUCCCUGCCAGGAGUAAAGUAAACAGAUGUCUUACUUAAUGACUUCUCUGGUCAUUUCCUCUCUUACAACAAUGAUAAUAUAAUUAUAACAUCAGCCUCUACACGAACAAUCUAAAGGUAGACGAAAGCCAGUUUCUCUCCAGAGGAAACUGGCUGUCAUUGUGCAGUCAUUGUAAAUAUAGUACGCCAAGACCCAUUUAAAAAAAUGCAGUUAAUUCAGCAUGGCGCCAAUUCUCAUUUUGUAAUUCGUAAUUUUGUUUUUGUAUAGUUUUUGUUUUUUCAUAUGUGGGCAAGUGCGGUGAACCCCUUUAUGUUUUUUUAAAUCAUUUACAAAAUGACUAAAAAACAAAACAAAAUAUAGUGCAACUACAGCUGAAGUGCAGAAUUUGCAUUUAUAAUAGUGUAAUGGUUCAUACAGUGGAAUGACUGUGGAUUGAAAAUAAAUUAACCCACAGCACAGACAGGGGCAUACAAAAAGAGACAUGCCGACAGGGGAGUGAGAUACUGUAAGAUAGAUAAGGAAGUGCAUACCCUGCAUGACAGAGGUGCAUGAGAUCAUACUACUGCCAAAAAGAUGGAGGAAAAAAGAAAAGGCAUGCAGAGGUGACCGUUUGUCAGUCCUUCACUGGUUUCAAAUGGACUACACAAUUUUUUUGCUAGUAAGGCAGCACCAACAAAAAAAUAAAUCCUAUUCAUAUUAAAGUAGAAAAUUGGUUUAAAUGUUUCUUAUUUGGUAUACUACUUACAGUCUAAUUCUCCCAUGUGCUUUUAGUUAACUGUAACUGAAAAGGGUGGAAGGAGCACUAAACAGAGGGAGCAAAGAGGAAGAAAAGCAAUGAAAAAAAAGGGGGAAAGUUGAGAGGAUGGGGCUUUCACAUUGAAAGAAAGCGCCAGAGAAUUCUGUUAAGAAUAAAAAGGAAUGAGAGUAGUUUAUGUAUGAGAGGAUUUGCCUCAAGUUACGUUCACGAUGACUGACCUGAAAGGCAAAGACGGGCCAUGACCCAUUUUCUACCACCAUUACUUUCUUCCAUCUUUAACCUCCCUACUGUUUCUCAACCACCUGACAAUACAUUCUAAGUGAAAUAAUACUUGCAGCCUAUAACUUGCACAUCAAGUUUGUGACCUUAAGCUAACUUGGUACUACACAUUCUUGCUUCCUGACUCCAAAAACACAAUGUUAAUGUCCUGAUGGCUGCAUCCAUCUUUUAUACACAAUGCAGAGCCUGAGGAGAAAUCAACGAGUGUGAACUCAUGCAUAUAUGGACAGAUGUGUACUACUGCACAAGUAUAAAAAGAUACGUUACCAGAUGUUCUUUAAACACAGGUGAGCUUUGUGUUUUUCUUUUAACAACACUUACAGGCCUGAACCAAUUUAGAUGGUUUUUUUCCCUCUUACUCAAAAGGGCACUCUGCUUGUUCUGGUGAAACACUGUCAAUGUUGUACCUUUACAACACACUACUGACCUCUCAGCAUCUCCUGGAAUGUCUUUGAUAUGCUACGUUUCCAUGAAAAGAUACUAGGCCCCUCAUACUCAGAACCACCACACAGAAGGAAAUAAAAUGAAGGUAGGAGCUGAGAGAGCGAAGGGAUAGAAGAAAGGGACUGUAGGUAGGUGCUAAGGCAGGCAAUAACUGAUAGAUGAGCUGUGAUGUUACAGUUCUGUUCAUGCCUCGUACGCUUUAUGAAUAUGAAGACUUUCUGGAACUGAUAAGUUUAAAAAGUCAGCCACAGUUUAGGAGAGAAGACACUUGAAGACUGAUAGUGCUGAUGCUGCUGGUAAAGUCAUUAGCAGCUCUCACCAAGGUCAGCAAGGAUACAGUACCUGGUUACGCUGUCAGACACACAAGCUGCUGGAAAAACAUACAACCAUGAAAAUGAAUAACAUCUCUGAGUAGUCAUGCACACAGAGUAUUCAAUCAUACAGACAGACACACAAACUUAAACAUACCAUUAAAAAGGUACACACGCACGCAUACACCCUGCAGAUCUAGAGUACUAACUGUAAUUCUGCCCCCUUUCAACAUUGUUCCAAGUGACAUAAUUGCCAGAAUUCCUGAAGAACCACAAUGGCGUCAUAUGGGAGACACACAGCGCCUGAGUUUCAGGGUGGAGGGUAGGCCAUAAUGAUGUGGCAUAGAGAAAAGACUGACUGUGAAGAGUGAUGGAGGGGAUUAGGAGGGAUAGAAAGUCUUGGCCUUGCAUAGGACCAGGUCGGGUGUUAAAUUGAGCAGUACAUGAGACUGUGAGAGCGCUUUUUGUGUUUGUAUGCUGAUGAGAAACAGAACAAAAAAAAUCACAAGGGGAAACAGCUUUGCACAUAUUUUUGAUUGAUUUCUGACUUAAUCUCACAUCCAUUAGUGACUGUCCUGCAUGCAUGUUUGGAAAAUAUAAUUUAAAUAAAAUAUAAAUAGUACCUCUUACCCAACACCUGUGCUGGCAUGUUUAACUGUGUCAAGGAAACUGCAUUAGGGUCAAUUUGUGGUUGGUGUGUUUCAGGUGAGGCCAGUGCAAGUAGCCAACCUAGUUACAAAGGACAGUAACAUUAUAUCUAAGCUGUGGAAGUAGCAAGUCAGAAGCCAGGUAUUUAUAUUUUAAUGUCAUGGUGGAACAACGUGGACUAGACUUUAUAUCUAAAAAAAAAAACAAAAACAAAAAAAAAACAACAACAACUAUACAGCCAAGUGGCACUGAAUUUCCUACUGAGGUGCAUGGCCACAACAUUUUACACCCUCUUAAGGCUGGAGUACUCCCUCUAUUGUAUGCAAAAGGUUUUUACGCUAUGCUAAAAAAUGCCAGAAGCUUAGUGAGGUGCUUUUUAGCAGCCUGUGCUGCAUGCUAACCACCGUUUCCUGUUGCGCUAAGAACUGAAAAAUGCUCAGCUACGGGUAAAAUCUGUCUCAUUACUGUCACUUGAAAAUCACACUGGAGGACAGGUGAGACAAAUACGGUAACGAUACGAUAACAAUGGAGCAGAUUAUACCGCUCUGUUCUCAAACGACCCAUGUCUGUAGCAGAUGACAUCUCCAGCAUGGCACAUUAUUGUUAAAAAGCUUGUUGAUACAUUUAGCUUGAUGUGGGUCUGCCAUGUAAGCAUCGAUCAGCAAGAAUCAGGUAACUGUAACACAUUAGGUUGCCAUUUUGUGUCAUAUCAAUAAAAGUGUAUCUGUUGUGGGGGAAAAGAAGCUAAGAAGAGACUGUGCUUUGCAAGUCCCAACUUAAAAAUAAAUGAAGUUGCCAUCCAUUUUCUGCUGCUUCCAGUAUCUACAGUACAAUCCAGAAACUGGAAGUUGAUUCCUGUGGUCAACUUGCUGAGAAGUACCAUAAUUUCUAAAAAGGGUUUCUGAUUCCUACAGUUGGGGGAAAAUAACAAAACAAAAAAAAAAAAACAACUUUAAGUAGGAUCUUAUAGAAGCCGGGAGGAUGGGAGUUUGCCAAGUCUCUGUCCUAGACUAAAGAAGAUAAACUAAAUUCAAGGGCAGGAUGAAGAUAAAGAUAAAUCAGCAACAGUUAGAUAUCAUACCUCCUUAAUAGGGGGAAACCAAGAGAACCUCUGAAUAAUGGGGUGUCUGUCAGCAGGGGAACUAACUAAGACAGAAAGCAGACGUAAGCCAGUUGGCUGGACAGAAAAUGUGUUCUCUCUUUGACUAUUUCCACACAAAUAACAGUCUGUGGGAGCAGUACGUGACAAAUUCUCAACUGGAUACUUUCCUAAACAAUUAGAUUGUCUGCUGAUAUCUUUUUUUAAGAAAGAAAAAAAAAAAAGCUUCAAAUACUAUUUCAUCAAAAUACUAUAUCCCUCUGCUCUGGAAAAGCAAACAAUUAACAGUCCUGGUGUUUUAUUCAUUGUACACAAAGAAAAAGCUGUUUCCUUAACUCCUAAGGUCGUGUGUUCUUUCAGGGAGGCCUGGAGGGAGUACCAGCAGCUGCCCAUCUAUCCAUUCAGUCAGCCAGCAGCAAUGCAAGGGCUGAUGUGGCGUCUGUGCGCCUUGCUCUGCCUCUCCCUCUGGCAGGAAAGUUACUGCAGGAGCUCCAGGGAAGCCCGGAGGACCAAAGAGCCUUCUCUCCACAGGAGUAAAAGAGCUCCUCUGGAUCCUGAUGCCAAAAAAUGCUCUUAUACCUUCCUUGUACCUGAGCAGAGAAUCACAGGUCCAAUCUGUGCCAGCACCACAGGCCCAGAGCCAGACAAGGAAAGAGUGACCCGUAUGGAGAUUGCAGAUGUGCGGGAUGUGCUCAACAAACAGCGCCGUGAGAUUGAGACGCUGCAGCUGGUGGUAGAUGUGGAUGGUAACUUGGUGAAUGAGAUGAAGCUGCUGCGGAAAGAGAGCAGGAACAUGAACUCCAGGGUGACCCAACUAUAUAUGCAGCUGCUACAUGAGAUCAUCAGGAAGAGAGACAACUCCUUGGAGCUCGCCCAGCUGGAGAACCGUGUCCUCAAUGUGACCUCAGAGAUGAUGCGACUGGCUUCAAGGUAUAGGGAGCUAGAGGCCCGUUUUGCCACAAUGGCCGGAGUGGUCAACAACCAGUCCAUUCUCAUAUCUGUACUGGAGGAGCAGUGUAUGAGGACGCUGGGACGCAGUGAGCUGCCUGCAGUUCCCCCUCUGGUGCAGGUGGUACCGCAGAAUAUACCAGUCAACAACCGUUUCACCAAUGAGAUACAGAGGGACAAUAACAACAGGGAGUUCUCCCCCCCUCUUCCAUGUAGAACCGCUCAUUUAUCUUCCUCUUCUACAUCAUUUACAACACCAGGUCCCUUCAAUGACUGCUACCAGGUGCGAAAGGCAGGCUACACCACCAGUGGUAUGUACCUUCUUAAGGCAAACGGCAGUGACCGACUGAUCCAAGCCUGGUGCGAGCAUGGCCUCGACAAUGGAGGAUGGACAGUUAUGCAAAGGAGGAAAGAUGGCUCUGUUAACUUCUUCCGUAACUGGGAGAACUACAAGAAAGGCUUCGGUAACAUAGAUGGCGAACACUGGCUCGGCCUGGAAAACAUCUACAAUCUUACGAAACAGGGUGAUUACAAGCUGAUGAUAGAGCUGGAAGACUGGACAGGAAAGAAGGUGUAUGCCGAGUACAGCAGCUUUCAUCUGGAGUCUGAGAAGGAGGGCUACCGGCUGAGGCUAGGCACCUACCAGGGCAAUGCUGGUGACUCCUUUAGCAGUCACAACGGCAAACAGUUCACUACGCUCGAUCGUGACAAGGACUCCUUCUCUGGUAACUGCGCCCACUUCCACAAGGGCGGCUGGUGGUACAAUGCCUGCGGACAGACCAAUCUGAAUGGGGUGUGGUACAGCGGGGGAGUUUACCGCAGCAAGUUUCAGGAUGGAAUCUUCUGGGCAGACUACGGGGGCGGUUUCUACUCCCUAAAAUCAGUCCGCCUCAUGAUGCGGCCAAUUGACUAGGACAAUAAACUGUGGUUCUUUCAGAUGCAUUUCAGUCUCCAUCCUUAUCGUUCUCUACCCAUAAAUAAAUAAAUCCCGUAAAGGCAGAAGCAGGAAUCUCUGCCACAUCUGAGGAAGAGGUAGCGACAUGUUUAUGGCCAACAGUCCACUCUGUGGCUAGUUAACAUGAAGACUGAUACCACCGCCUUCCCCAAGUAACUACUCUCCAUCUAUCAGUGUGGACAGUCUAUGAAGUUCCCUGAGGCCUUUUAGUAUGACUGUGUCCUAUUUUACUCACUCUUCUUGAGAUUAAGUAUGUUAUAAAGGGAAAUUAUUAUUUACUACAGUGAUGAGAUUUCUUCUGAGCAGCUAAUGGCGACUUAUUGAAAGUGUUCCCCAUAGGACGGGGCAUUGAAUAAACUGCGAUGUUUAAUCGUGGUAGCAUGAAAAUUAAUGCAAUCUAAAGUAGUGCUGAGAAGACCUGCCAAACAGUGAGAGGAAAUAAAUAGUUCACCUACUGUCUACCGUUUCUACUGGAUUUCCUGGACUUCUGGGGCAACAACCGACCCCCAGCACCAAACCCACAAACCCACCGACUGAACAAGAACCUGUGCAACAAUGUGCUUGUUCAAUGUGCAUAUGGCUGAGACGGCUUUAGUAUGUAAAUAUCUUUGGCUUUAUUUGUGAAAGUUAAUUUAAAAAGGUUGUGAUUCUACUCAGGCCAAAUGUUCACAAUGUCAUCACUCUGCCAUUCUUUGUUAUUUAACAGUGUAUUUAUAUUUAAUAUAGUCAUGGCAUUGUUAUAUCUAGCCCUGUAACAAUACAAUUCUUUACACUUUUCUUAUCCAGUGUAGAAAUACAUCAGUAGCACUUCAACACACAUACACACACAUGCGCGCAAACACACAAGACAAAACUACCUGGAGUGGAUAUCUAGUUGACUUUAGGAUGGACAAGUUGUGACAUGAGCUACCAGCCAUCAGAGAGGAAUUAAAUUCUUUCAUAAACAAUAAAAUGUCUCACUUUUCACUACGCUUCUUGUUUUAAUAAAUAGCAAGACUUUCAUAAAAUCAUUUCCCACACGAAUACACUUGCAAAUGUCACUGUUUAAAAUAUUAGCACAGCAAUUUUAUUUAUAAAGGAUGACAGCAUCGCCUAAAAUAAGCCACUAUGUUGGAUCUGAUUUAGUUGCAAUCCAAGCUGUCAUAGCAAUGAAUAAGAUCAGGGAGACUUCCAAAUUAAAGGAAGUGAACAGAAAUUAGCUCUGACCACACACGGGGACUGCAUUUACAAAUUUACAGUAGGUCAGAUGUGAGACAAGAAUUGUCAUUUAUGUCCCCCUGUUUAGCCGGAGUUUUUCAGAGAACUUAAUAAAGCAACAUAAACUGCCAUAACUAAACAUCUUCUAAUUUGGAGACAAGUCAACAAACUAGUAUUGACCAGUCAUCUUAAAUUAUGCCUCCACUAGACUCUUCUUUUAGAAGAACUGUAAGUCAGAGCAGACCGAAGCUUUGCGCUCUAAAGGUCCGGGGCAGAUGAGGACUAGCCGUACUAGAGCCUGACACAGAGGACUGUAGGUUACAGGAAUUGGUUAUGAAAAGCUCCCGGCCCCAACCCCGCUGGCAGGAUUUUUGAUGUGAGAUAUUUGACACUUUUAACUUGCUGUUUUCCAUUACAUUAGUUAUUCCAAACGCUGAUGCUCGUGUCCCACAGCUACCACUACUCAGCAACAGCAAGCUGGAGUUGGAGCACCGCUGAGCUCAAUUCUGGCAUUCUGUAAAAAUCUCUCUCCCCUAACAAGAGGCCAAAAACUGAAAAUACACGCUACAGCAUCGCAUUAAUAAAAUUACACUGGGACUAUCAUAAAUAUUAACGAGCUCUUUAUCAGUGACAUCCUGUUCAGAGAAGUGUAGCACCAAGCUACACGAACACAAAGGAUAUUUUUAAUCCGUUUGUGCAACCAAGCAGAUCGCGGCCAACAGCUGUUGGUUCAAUUGUGUAAUUGAAAUCGAAAACUUUAUUAUUUUUAGCGUUUAAAAUCAGAUGCAAAUCAAAUAGGUUUUAUUUUCUUCCAUGUGUACAGUACCUAUGAUCCUGUAUUAGAUAUUAGAUCACUUGUCGAGCAGUGUUUAGCAACACCAAAGACACUGGUGGCAAAGUUUUGCUACUGAUAUACUGCUUUUGCUAGACAAGGUGAAGGUGAAAGGACAGGAACUAUUUUAAACUGCAUGAAUGGCUUUAUUCCUAGAGUUAACCCAUAUGUUUCUAUGGGCUCUUUGUCCCUACACGAUUUGCUAGAGAUCAAGGAUGUGAGCUUAGACAGGAGGCAGCAAUGUCUGCCAAACCUAAUAGUAGGUCAGAGAUCAGACUGUUGCGCAUAUACACAGUUCAGCACAAAUGUGUCACUGUAGAGCCAACACAUGGCUCUUUCUCCAGACCGUUUAUUGCCAGUGAUAGGCAUCACACCCAAAAAUAAUGGAAAUUGAGCACAGUCACAAACAUGUCAAGAAGCCAUUCAAAUAAAGUUUAGGAAACAAAACCUUUUGGUAAGAAAACAAGCAAACAACAACAACAUGGUAAUUUCAGCCCUCUGUUCUAAGUUGGGACUUUAAUUUACAGCAACACCCAAAUUCAGCAGGUUCUGUGUUUAGACACCAGAGAGGUCAAUAUGCGAACAUCAAGAGAAACCAAACACAAAUUUAUUCCUUAAGCACACCCAACACUUAGCUGGGAGUGAUGCUCUGGAACAAGCACUGCGACUUUCAGUCUCCUGCUCAUUCAUUCCCGUUUUCUCCACCCUGGAGGAAUCGGGAGAAUUUACGAUUAAGGGAAAUGUGCAGGAGCAAGAAAGUGGCAAUUUCUCUUUCUCUUGAGCGCCAGGUUGGCUCGAUCCAGUCCUGAGGCAGCCAGUUAGUUGGUCACACAUCCACAAGCAUCAUAGACAAGUUUAUACUGUAAGGAAAGACCAUGCAACUCCCACAUAUAUGCCCUAGAAAACCCCACCCCGAGACAGAGCAACAAAUGACGAAUGACAAAAGCUUACCGAAAAGUAAGUUUCCUUUUGAUUAACAUAUACACAAUGACGACACAGUUUAGAUGUGCAUUUGUCUUAUUGUUUUACAGACAUCCAUGAUGGAGCAGUGUGGGAAAAUGGGUCACCUAAACUUUCUUUAAUGGCAAACAGACUCUUGCGCGCUGCGUAUUUCCUUGUGUCUGUUUGUUUGUGCAUACUUGAGUGUCCAAGUCUGAAUCACACAGAGGUAGCUAUGAUACAAGGCUGAUUGAAAGGGGGGGGGGGACUGUGGUAGGUUUAAAAAAAGUUAUUUAGCCAACCUGAAGUCAAAACAAGAACAAACAGUUCAGCUAUAAAACCACACACAUGGCAUGAACGUUUUCCUUGCAACUCGUAAGGGAUUCCUGUGUGAUGUCAUACUGUGGAACCAGAGGGAAAAAGGAAUAUGAAUAUUCAAGGGAAGGAAAAAAACAAAACCUUUUUAACGUGUCCUAGUGAUUCAUGUGUUUGUUCCUGCUAAAGGGAACUUUGAUGUUUCAUAAGAGAGCAGAAAAUUUAUGCUCAACAU